UAUACUAAUUUUGAUACGUUUCAAAUCACAGCACGAUUAUAUUAAGGUAUCGAAUUCCGGACCCUAUAAUUCCAAACCUAUCUCUCAUUCUCUUUUCUCUCAAAAACUCAGUCACCACAUCUUUGUUUUUUUUUUCUUACAAUGGAUUCAAGCACCAACAACGAAACAACCCACGAAUUCCCACCUUUCUUCAAAGUCUACAAAGAUGGUCACGUUGAAAGGUACAUGACCCCAGAACGUGCUGCCACCGGUGGUCACCUCCGUGCACCCACAGGGCUAGACUCCGAAACCGGAGUUCAAUCCAAAGACGUCGUCGUUUCGCCGGACUCAGGCGUAUCAGCCAGACUCUUCAUCCCCAAGAUCAACGGCCCAGAUCAGAAGUUUCCUCUAGUCGUUCACUACCACGGUGGAGGCUUCUGCCUUGGAUCACCUUUCAUGAAAACCUUUCACAACUUUCUUGUUUCCUUAGCCUCAGAAGCCAAUGUGGUCGUUAUUUCCGUUGACUAUAGGCUGGCCCCAGAGCAUGCUCUACCAAUCGCACAUGAAGAUUCCUGGGCCGCGAUGCAGUGGAUCUCAGCCCACUCAAAUGGGCAAGGACCCGAACCGUGGUUGAACCAGUACGCGGAUUUCGGGCGGGUUUUUGUGGCUGGUGAGAGCGCUGGAGCUAAUAUUGUUCAUUACGUGGCAGUCCAAGCUGGCGCUACGGGAUUGGCUGGUCCUAAUAUCAUUGGGACAAUCAUAUUGCACCCAUAUUUUGGUGGCAAAGAGAAUGAUAAAAUGAUUGAUUACAUGUACCCAACAAGUGCCGGGUUCAAGGAUCCGAUACUGUACCCGGAAGUGGAUCCGAAUUUGUCGAAGAUGGCUGGUAAGAAAGUGCUGGUUUGUGUGGCAGAGAAGGAUGGGCUGAAAGAUAGAGGUACGGGUUAUUGUGAAACAUUGAAAAAAAGUGGUUGGAAUGGUACUGUGGGAUUUUUUGAGAGUGAAGAAGAGGGGCAUGGGUUUUUUCUGUUGAAUCCCAGUAGUGACAAGGUGGGGCCACUGUUGAAAGUCAUGGUUGAUUUCAUAAAUCAGAACUAAGUUAAUAAUGUUGUUGGUUUGUCCUUCUAUGUAGACUUUGAAUCGUAAGUUGGUGAGCUAUGAGUGUCUUUUGAUAUUUUGUUAUGUGAAAAUAAAUGCGUUUGUUGAGUA